CGAACUAUAAAUAUCAUAGUUAGUUCAAGUCACCUAUAUUCAUCCUUAUUGAAAGCUAUCCAAGCAAUUUACAUCAACAUGUCUGGUCGCGGUAAAGGUAAAGCUAAGGGCACCAAGUCCAAAAGCCGCUCAUCCAGAGCAGGGCUUCAAUUCCCAGUUGGUCGAAUCCACCGUCUUCUCCGCAAAGGCAAUUACGCUCAGCGAGUUGGCGCUGGUGCUCCAGUGUACUUGGCUGCCGUGCUUGAAUAUUUGAGCGCUGAGAUCCUCGAGUUGGCUGGUAACGCUGCUCGCGACAACAAGAAGACAAGAAUCAUUCCUCGUCAUCUUCAGCUUGCUGUCCGUAAUGACGAGGAGUUGAACAAACUGCUCGCCGGUGUCACCAUCGCACAGGGAGGUGUUCUUCCCAACAUCCAGGCUGUACUUCUGCCCAAGAAGACUGAGAAGAAGCCCAAAGCUUAAGUCAACUUUAAAACGAACAAAAACGGCUCCUUUAGGAGCCACCAAAUAUUACUAAAGUCUUGACCAACUAGAUAUGAUAAGGUAAAAAACUACCAAAUGAUUAUUAUACAAUAGCACCUCGUAACGUAACCCUUCCUCCCCAAUUUCCAAGAUUGUAUUAUAAAGUGAAAAAUCUAAAGGAUUGUAAUCCACUUCAAGGACCAAGUGCACUUCAAAAAGUUUUCGCGCGACAAAAAUAUAGAUAUAACGCCUUGAGAUAUUUUAUUCCACGCAAAUGUGUGCAACUUGCGCCAAAAGCGUUCAAUAAAUCUUUGUUUACGAAUUUGCUGGCGGUUUUAAGAAAUUGCGCUCAAAUCCAGUUUCAAGAUGAGCUGGUAUGAUAUUGAUUUUACUCUCUCAAUGAUUGUUGCUAUGACCCACUAAACAAAAAAUCAGAUAGGAAAGGUAGCUUUUUAACGGGCGGUACUGGGGAAUGUAAUUAAACAAUGUGUAGCUUUUCGCAAAAAUAAAAUGGUUGUAUUUAAUAUUUAAAUGCAGUAUAAAAGCUAGAGAGCGAAAAAGAAAGCGAGCCAUGUCACUGUAAUAAUUCUUGGGCUAUUUCUUCAAUCUUUCUCUGCGCACGAUAUGCCGCUCUCAUUUUACCGUGACCCGCGCGAUAUUUUUUUUAUCAGUGUAAGCAAAGAAUACGCGAAGUACA